GUGUUUGACCUAGCCCGAUACGUUUUGGUCGUCAGCGUUGUGUUGCCUCCGCCGCCUAUUAUCACCCCCAGACUCAGGUGAACGUAAAAGCGGACUUGCACAAGCUGUCACCACUUGGCUAGCCACGAAAAGUUUCCCUCCUUCCAAUUUGGUUUGUUGGAGUCAUCGUUGAAAGCUACAGUUUUGGGUUUAAUUGGACGCAGUAAGUGCCUUAAUAAUUGCCUCUUCGCGAACCAGUCCAAGUCAACAAAAUCCCUUCGGUAUCUCAAGCAGCCGCCAAGAGACCAGUUCCACGUAACCACUUGCCUUGAUACCUCCAUCCAAUCAGAACUCAAAUGCGUACUCCCCCAUCCCUCACAACUCUCCCAACUGAGCUCCAGAGGCUCAUCUGUGAAACCGUUCCCGACCGCCCAACUCUCAGGGCGUUGAACAUCACCAAUCGCCAUUUCCACAACGUAACGGAGGCGAUCAUUUGGAAGCAUAUCACAAUACCUCUACCACUACGCACUUCUCCUGACCCCCCGCCGCAUCGCUCGAUUGGAGGACACGUCCGAUCGAUUUGUAUCACGGUCGGAUAUGGGGAGGACCACAGGGAAGAGGAGCAUCGAAGCCUUGGCACCAUGCAAGAAGCCAAGCGCCUGAUCGAGGGCAUCAGAUUGUGCCCCAAGCUUCGGAGGCUUGAGUUCUUUCCCGGAGGGGAAGAAUCAGAGACAGCACGCAUACUGUUUCGCGAGUUCGAAAGGAGCAUGACUGCCGGCGAGUUGGAUUUUGGCAAAUUGGAGGAGUGCGCCUUCCACGGGAUAAACAGGGGACUCGCAGGAUUUAUCGAUCAGAUCACAAAGAGGGAUCCAAGUCCGGCAUCAAAGUGCGCGCUGCGUUCCAUAGAAAUGAUCACACAGGACGAUCCCGAUCUCCGUCUCGAUCCUUAUGAACCUUCCCCGGAAUCCGACUGGAGCGAACUCCAAUCAAUCCACAUGCCACAUAUGGACUCAAUCACCCCAUUUCUCCGGCUAACGCUUCUUAAAGAUGGAGCUGUUAGCAAAGUCAGGAAAAUUACCACUUCUAUCAUGGCAAGGUCCAACCAUUUUUCAGAAUUUUUGAGAGCGGCGAUGAUACAAGAUCCGAAAGGAGGGGAAAGAGUCGAGACGUUCAGAAUGCUUUCUUUGGACUCCAAAUCUCUCUGGAUUUCAGAGUUGAUUGACGUGCUCGCGGGAUUGAACAGCCUGUUUCCUGCAAUUUCGACACUUGGCAUUGGGCGUUGGGGAACGAACUCUGAACCAGUAUGGCCAAUCGAUUGGGAUUGUGGCGAGGAGGGACGUGACGCGAUGAUUGCGGAAGGCUUUGACUGGCCGGACAACGAAGCCAGUUUGUGGAUGCUCACGGAACGGGCCUGCCUAUCCUUGGGGGAGUUCAAGGGUCUAGGGACAGUUAUCUGUUCAUACUCGUGGGUGCCAGCUAUGGUCAAGCGUUCGGGUCCGGGCCGCCUGAGUUUGGAGGAACGGCGACGGGAGGAACUGGCGGCUGUGAUGAUGCUCGCCAAGCAUUGCACGUCGCUCUGCGAUAUAUUUAUUGAUAGGAGAGGCUGGCACUACUGGAAAAGGAGUCACCAUGUGCACUGGACCAAGGAGAUGGGUUCGCGCAGCAGCGACGGUGCCGAUCUAUGGAAGGAAGUGAGAUGGUACUCUCAGGAGCACCUAACCGGGUACAUAAAUUCCCUAUAGACUUCACUGUAGCUUAAGAGCCAGCGACAUCUAGUGGAUUUUUUACCUGGUUAUGGGCUGGAGUCCUGCCCACUAGCUGAUCGCAGAUCAAUCGAUCGUCAGCUAGUUGCUUU